AUGGAUAAGGACACUCUUCUCAAGUCGUUGUCAGGCACGCUAGAUGCCAACUAUGCCACUCGAAAACAAAGUGAGGAGCAGUUGCGCUACUUUGAGAAGAUUCCGGGAUUCACCAACUAUUUGCUCGAAUUGAUCACCGAUCCCACUGUCAACUUCGGUGUCCAGGUCUCAGCCGCCAUCUUUUUCAAAAACAGAGUACACAACUAUUGGAAUGUGCCUGAGCUCAGACAGGCCACUGACCGCUACAUCAAGCCAGAGGAAAAGGCGGCCAUUAAGGGCAAUCUUGUGGAGGUUUUGAGCAAGACCUAUAAGAACCCACAAUUAAGAAAGCAGUUAUCCACAGCAUUGAGCAGUAUAUUGGACCACGACAAAUGGGACGAGCUCGUGGACAUGAUCCCUAAACUUAUCAACGAUGUGUCGAACGUGGACCACGUAUACACUGGGUUGAUUUGCUUGUAUGAAUACACAAAGAACUAUAGAUAUGCUGGAAUCGACAAUGCCAACUCGAAGAACAUUGUGUUGGAAGGAGUGGCUGAUUCGCUUUUCCCAGUCUUGGAAGAUUUGGCCUCCAAGUUGAUGAGCAGCCCAUCUGAAGUGUCCGAUGAGAUGAUCUAUUUAAUCACCAAAAUCUUCAAGUUCACCACCUACUCUACUUUACCCACUUACUUACAGCAGCAGGGAAACUUGGGUACUUGGUGCCAUCUUCACCUUAGUAUUAUAAACUUGCCAUUGCCUGAGUCAGUGUUGAAGGCCGACUCUCAAGAAGAGAGAGCACUCAAUCCUAGAGUCAAGGCUGUAAAGUGGUGUUUCGCUAACAUGCAUAGACUUUUGUUGCGUCACGGUGGAGGGUUGAACACAAAGGACAAGAAUGGCCCCUUUGCCAAAAUGUUCAUGUCCACAUUUGUUCCAGAGAUCUUAAACGCUUAUUGGACGAUCAUUGAGGGCUGGUCAACGAAGCAGAUCUGGUUGUCCGAGGCUUCGCUCUACCACUUAAUUUCAUUCUUGGAACAGAUAGUGGAAACUCCUUCAUAUCCAUUGAUUGAGGAAAAAUUGGAGGCCAUCAUCAAGCAUGUCCUUCUCCCUACCUUGAAUGCAACUCAAGAAACUAUUGAGUUGUACGAGGAUGAACCAGAUGAAUACAUCAGAAGGUUCUUUGAUACUUCCAGAGAUAACAGUACUGCUGAUACUGCAUCCAUCAACUUUUUGUUCAGAUUGUCGUCUACCAAGUUCUCCAGUUGUGGAACUGUUUUGCUUUCAAUCAUCAACGACAUUUUCCAGCGCAGAGCUGCUGAUAGAGCCAGCUUGCAACUUGCAAUUGAAACUGAGGGUGCUCUCCGUGUGCUCGCCACCAUCUCCUACAAACUUGACAAAAAGAAUAGCCCGGUUAAGGGCCAGAUGGAUCAGCUCUUGUAUACUGUUGUCUACCCUGAACUCUCGCAAGAAGUUAUUGCAAAGACACCAUGGCUUGCAGCCAGAGCAUGUGACACCAUUGCCAUGCUAGUGCACAAGUUUUCUGAUGAUGCCAUAUUGCAGAAUAUUUUCCAUGGAGUUGUAUUUUGUUUCCAACAGCAAGACCACUUCCCAAUCCAAUUGACCGCUAUUGAUGCUUUGCGUACUUUGGUUGAAGAAGACACCGUUGCUGCGCAGGUUGCGGAGCAGGCUCCACAAUUAAUGGGGACUUUACUCGACAUGUCCAAGAACUUUGAAAGUGACAUUUUGACUACUGUUAUGGACGUUUUUGUCGAGAAAUUCGCUGUGAACUUGGAGCCUUAUGCCAACGAGCUUUCCGUUCGUUUGGUUGAGCAGUUCAUGAAGUUGGCAAACGAGAUCUUGGAACAGACUUCGCAGAACGGUACCCCAGACAUUGACAAAGAGUAUCAGGCAGCUGGAAUCAUUAAUACCUUGACGUCUUUGGUUAUUGCCAUGAAUGCAUCUCCUCAAGUUUCAGAAAACUUGGAAGUACUUCUUAAAGACAUGAUCAAGUUUGUCUUGGAAAACUCCAUGGCGCUGUUCUUGACCGAAGUGUUGGAAAUGUUGGAGUCUAUUGUGUUCAGCACCAACAAGAUGUCUCCUAUUAUGUGGGAACUCUUCCAGACAUGUGUUGAGUGUUUCGACACAUUCGCACAAGACUACUUCGAUACUUUCCAGCCAUUUUUUGAAGCAAUCAUUCAGUGUUCUUUUGCCAACGAUGACAUAACAGUCGAAGAUCCUAGAGUGCAAUCUAUGUUCAAGAUUUGUUUCCAGACCUUGUCUGGUGAUGUUGUCGACCCUGUUUUUGCACAUCAAGCAUUUGAGCUCAUCGAGUUUUCCAUUUUGAGUUUGAACAAGAAAUUUACGCCCUUCUUGCCACAAUUCUUGCCAGAAAUCUUCAAUAUUUUUUCCUCAUUGGAAGCACAGGAUGCGUUUGAUGGAUACAUGUUGCAUCAUUUAUCGAUCUUGAAGAUUUUCUUCGCAUGCUUGUACGUGGAUGCUGGCUCCACCUUACAAUUUUUGAGCGACAAACAAUUCACUAACACAUUCUUCAAAUUGUGGGUUAAGUACAGUGGAGACUUCCAGAGUGUGUACGGCUGUAAGCUUCAAAUUUUGGCUUCGACAGCGAUCGCAUGCGAAGCUCCAUUGAACUUACUUCCACUGGAGGACAUCGUUGGGGAGACCGUGGACCUUCUCAUUUCCAACAUGGAGGUGUUGCCACAUGCCAUCAAGGCACGUCAAGAGAUCAUUGACAAGGAGAAUGGAGCAAAGGCCAGCUCCAAGGACUACAACGCCGAUGGGGAAGAAGACGAUGAAUUUGGAGAGGACUACUAUGAUGACGAUUUCGAGGCUGACGAAGCCGAGCUCGAAGCCUUGAAGCAGACCCCAAUUGACCCGAUCAACGUCUACUACGUGUUUACCGAGAGGGUCUCGUUGUUGCAGCAGCAAGAUUCUUCACGUUACGAGGCCAUUUUUGGUAGCUUGGACGAGUCGCAGAAGGAAAUUGCCAACCGCAUCAUCAAUAUUGUGCACCAACUGAGGUAA